AUGCUUUGCACUGGCACUUCCACUGCCCAUAAUUUCACAGGCAUAUUCAGUCCACUCUCCGUGCCGUGGCUCUUCUGGUCCCGAUCCACGCCGAGCGCGCAGCAACCAAGCAAACUCAACCUCACUUACCUACGUCUUAAGCCUCUCCAGCUAUCCAGGCCGGAUCGCAUGUGCCAGAAAUCAGUCAACCAGUCAGAUUCAUCGGACAAACAGUCUUCAUCAACCAGCAGUCUUGAUGACACCACGACUCGAGAUCCAACUGAAGAAGUAAGCCUAGAGGAGCCGGAAAAGACUGGGCAGAAACACAAAUGUCGUCCUGUUCUUGAUCCCACCCUGUUCACACCAGUCGGCUCCGACGAUUUCGCCUACCCACUCAUGGUGGACAUGCCAGAAGUGGUCCGACGCAGUCGGCUCGGCCUGCCAGUCGACAUUGAGCCAAUAAAUAGGCCCAAUUUCACUUAUAUUAUUCCCUGCUCGAAUAUCUGCUCCCCGCCCGCCUCUCUCGCCGGCAAUCCAAAUGACGGGCAAUCCUACUGGCCGGACCUUUUGAUUCUAAUCAAGUCGGCUCCAGGGCAUUAUGACUUGCGCCGAGUUAUCCGAGCUACAUGGGGCAACAAUUCUUGUUGGGCUGGCCGUGUGGUUCGCCAUGUCUUUCUACUCGGUCGGCUGCCUCAGGAAGUGAUGCUCGAGGUUCGAGGCCGAUUCUUGGCGGCAGAAAUUCGCUCAGAAUCCAUAGAGUAUGGCGACUUGGUACAGCAGGAUUUCAUUGACCACUACCACAACAACACAUACAAAAUGAUGCUUGGCUUUGAUUGGGCUGUAGAGUUCUGUCCUGGAGCCAGAUGGUUUAUGUUUGCAGAUGACGACUAUUUUGUGAACCCAGUCAAUACGAUGACUCUGCUAGAGACAAUUAGCCACGGCCUGCGCGCCCGCUUUAUAGGCGGCUGGGUGUGGCGCAGAUCAACAGCUAUACGCAAUUCACGGAAGCAACAGUCGUCGAAAUGGUCCGUUGGUUGGGACGAGUACCCCCACGCUCUUUAUCCGCCUUACAUAUCCGCAGGCACCUUUCUCUUGUCCCCUAACCUGGCGGCCGACAUUCAGAUUGCCUUCGGGUACACUCAGUAUUUACGCUUUGACGACGUAUUUCUCGGAAUCAUUUUACACAAACUACUCAUUUCACCCGCCCAUCUGAAUGAUGUUCAUUCAUAU